UGAAAUGUUAUUAGAUUAUUACCCGGGAUUAUUACUACAUAAUUGACACUUUCUUAAUCAAAAUUAUAUUUUUUUGUAAUCCAUAAAAUGUCGUCAAUCUAUUUAGAUAUAAAAUAAGAUUUGAUGAACAGCUACAGUGGAAUAAAUGAAUGAUUUCGCCUAGUUGUUUAUAAGUUUCGCACAAUCGCUAUAGAGAUGACGUCACUUUAUUCACAUGUAAAUAAUGUUGUGAGUUGAAUCCAAAGCAAACUCAUAAUAACGUAUUGAUUGCCACAAAUUCCGCAUAAUUUCAACUGUUUUAUAAUCUUGGAACUGUUAAACAGCAAAUACAGCCUGCAGAUAAUAUGGGUUGUGGAAGUAGUACACCAGAAGAGGGGCAGCUUCAUGAGAGACGACCAGUCAAGAAGGUUGCACCUUACCCAAAACAAGCCCCACAAGACGAGCCAGAUGGCGAAAUAAAGAAACCAGUUGCACCUGUUGCACCCAUGCAACAACAACAAGCAUACAACCAACCCCAAAGUCAAAACCCCCCUCCUUAUUCUGCACCCCCUCCACAACAAGGUGGACACCCCCAAACUCAAGCUUACCCAGUCCAACAAGCACCUGUUCAGCAACAACGAGCACAUGUUCAGCAACAACAAGCACCUGUUCAGCAGCAACAAGCACCUGUUCAGCAACAACAAGCACCUGUUCAGCAGCAACAAGCACCUGUUCAGCAACAACAAGCACCUGUUCAGCAGCAACAAGCACCUGUUCAGCAACAACAAGCACCUGUUCAGCAGCAACAAGCACCUGUUCAGCAACAACAAGCACCUGUUCAGCAACAACAAGCACCUGUUGUACCUCCCCAAUCCAGGCCAUCCUCAUCCUCCUCAUCCUCCUCAUCCUCCUCAUCCUCAUCAGGAUCAUCAAUAAGUAGUGAGAAGUCUGUUAAAAAGCAGUCACCUGUUCAAGACCAACAAGCCCCUGCUCCAGUCCAACAAGCCCCCGCUCCAGUCCAACAAGCUCCUGUUGCAGCUGACCAAACACCUGCUGCACCUCCACAAACUCAAUCUCAGCCUGGAGAAGAAGAAAAGACAGAAAUUGAAGUGAAAGAAAUGCCCAUUACAAAAGAUCUUCUCCAGAAAUAUAUUGAGCUUGAAAAACAGUCCAGAAUUUAUGAGAAAAAGAAUAUACAUAAGAAAGCUGCUGCCAUGAAUAAUGACCUACAAAACAUUGAGAAACAGAUUCAAGAGAUGGAAGUUCAAUAUUCAAAACUGGCUGAAAUAACGGCUAAGGAAAAACAAGACGUUGACAACAUGAAAGCACCAAAUGUCAUCAACUACUUCAAAGAAAAUAAUCUGUCAUAUGAUUCUAAACUCAGCAAAGAGCAGGAAGAGUACCUUGACGCCUUGAAUGCUCAAGAAGUUGCUAAGAAAGAGUUAGACCUCCUGAAGAACAACGAGACAAAGAUGAGGUCAGAUCUUGACUCUAUGAAAGAUGAGGUGAAGAAACUGGAUGAUAUCUAUAAGGAACAAGAUGAGAUGUUGGCUUCAAUAUUUGAUGGUAAAUAUGGAAGUGAAACUGAAAACAAACUGGAGAUGGAAUUAGAUGGUGUCAUGGAGCGUAAACAGCGCGUCAGUGUAGCCAGAUAUAAGUGGUCCAAUGCUAAAGUUCUCUUACAACACUCCUGCAACCAACUAGCAUUCGCAUGUAGGAAAUGGCAGAGUCUAAAUGCUUGUAAACCCAAUGACACAAGAGGAAGAUACCAAGCUGCUACAGAAACCCGAAACAACCUCAUUGCUGCAAGUCAAAAUAUCGCAAGCGCCCAACGUUACCUCACAGGGAUAACCUUCCCCUAUUGUAAACCAGACGAGGUUGAGACUCUAAACAAGGCAGUGAAUAACAUCUACAAUGACAUGCAGUCUCCUGACAGGCACAACCAUGCACUGCAGUGUUAUACUGUCACACAUAAGAGAGCUGCUGCCCUUGUUCAGUGGUUUGAAAGUGUAAUAACUGGGACCAUAGCCAAAGAUCUGAAUGAUGCAAAAACCAAAGAAAAUGAACUUGACAAGAAACUGCGAGAUGAAAGGCUUCGACUGAUUCAACAGAAAAUUAAAGAGGUUAUUGGAGAAGAUGUAGAUAUCGAUGUCACAGAUGAGACUGAGUCUGAUGGUGAUGAUGUUGAUGAAGUCAUGGCACAACUCUUUGAACCUGACAAUGUUUCUGAGGCAGGAGAUUUAUCCAAUGGAGGGGAUGAAGCUAACGCUGAGGAAGCUGGAGUUGCUAUACCUGCAGGUCAGGAAGGUCUUACUCCUGCUGAGGGGGUGCAAGAAGACAGCAUGAUUAAUAUCACCCCUCUGCCACUCAAUGAACUGGCCCCACCACCAAAUAAUGAUGAACUUUUUGGUAACAUUGAUGAGCUAAAGAAACAGCAUGAGAAAGACAUGGAAGAGUUUGAAAAAGCCCAAGAGAUGAAUAAGAUACGUAUGGAACAAGGACUGGAGGAGAAGAUUAAAGCAAGGAGGUCCAGGAGACAAAGGCAGCAACUGAACAGCAUGCACAAUGAUGGAAGGGAUGUUUCCCUUUAAGUACAUAAUAUAAGGAGCAUUAUCAGAUAAGAUUCACAGCUGUAGUACAAAGACUUUAUUAACUUACAUAAAUAGGAAUGGUAAAGGGAGAGAGAUUGGCUUAGAGGGGGACAGUUGAGUUUGGCAUUUGCUGGGUUCCAUCCAUACUUCUAAUAAUAAGGAUAUCCCUAUUCCAUAUUACACAUAUCAAACUAUAGUCAAACAUAUUAAUACAAAUGCACAAAUGGAGAUCAAAGGAGAUCGCUCCAUGUUAAUUUUAGGGAUGGGUGGGUUAAUAAAGAAGGUGAAUGAAGUAAAUAAGAGAAAUGUGCAGUAUUUGCAAUACCAUAAAAGGGGUAAAAGGGGUUUCAUGAUGCAUUUCACCAUUUGAUACAUGUCUCAGUAUUAUUAGGUCUCUAUUGGAUUCUGGUAUUAAGAUUUUUGUAUGUAAUGAGUGUAAAUAGCAAAGCUAAAGCCAAUGAUAGGAAAUGUCAAACAUCUCUGGUUUAUUCAUCUGUGAUAUUAAAGAAAAAGUAUUGGGAAUUUAUAAUAUACUGUUUAACCUAGACCCGUAAUACAUGAGUAGUAACCAUAAAAGCUCACAAGGUACCAUGACUACUGUAAAGCGAAAUGUCAUGUGGUCUCCAUUUAUCAGACUUCUAAACACAAUGGCAUGAGGAUUAUUGCAAGGUACUAUAAAUCUUGCACGAUACUACCCAUGUCUUUCAGGACAUUGUCCAAGAAAAUCAAUUUUCUAAUGUCAGUACUUGUCAAUGAUUCUACUUACAUUGUAGAAUUUGAAUUAAACAGUGUUGUAAUAUUACUGUCGUAGUGUUGUAACUUGUCUUAGUUCAUAUCUCAUCUAUUCUUGUUAUCCACCUUGUCUUAAGCAGAGCUUAAGUUGUGGAUUUGAUAUGAGAUCAGUUCAGAAUGCUACAAUUAAAUGUCCGUCCAUAAUAUACUAAAUAUAAGUGCAUAAUUAACCGAAUAAUGAUGAAAUUAACAGCAUAAUUCACAAAAGAUGGCGUCAUGUUUUAUUGAAAGUAAUAGUGAGACAUCUUUUACUUGCUGGUAUUGACGUGAAUCAAAUCAUUGUGCAAUUCAGUGCAUAAUUUUGCCUUUACAAAAACU